AUGACCUCCAGAACGCGCCUGUGUUUUUUCAUCUCUAUUAUUUAUAUAUAUUAUAAAUUAAGGAAAACUUUUGUUUUAUAUCUCACAGGAACUCGAAAACAUAAGCUGCAUUACAGAAAGGAAGUAGAAAUGAGAACCACACUUCAGGAGUUCUUACUCUACCUUAUUUUUUUAAUAAACGUAUGUAUAUUGACUUUUGGGAUGGUAAACCCACAUAUGUAUUACUUAAACAAAGUUAUGUCAUCUCUAUUUUUGGACACGUCUGUGCAUGGUGAAGAAAGAACCAACUUUAAGUCUAUUCGCAGCAUAACUGACUUUUGGAAGUUUAUGGAAGGACCCCUUUUGGAAGGCCUGUACUGGGACUCAUGGUACAAUAACAAGAAUUUGUAUGACUUAAAGAACAGCAGUCGCAUCUACUAUGAGAACAUACUUUUAGGAGUCCCCAGAGUCCGUCAACUAAAAGUCCGCAACAACACGUGCAAGGUCCAUUCAUCCUUUCAGUCCUUGAUGAAUGAAUGUUAUGACAAAUACACUUCUGAAAAUGAAGAUCUGUCUGAUUUUGGCCUUAAAUAUGAUACUGAAUGGAAGUACUCUGCUCCUAGUAUCCACUCCCCUUGGCAUUGGGGAUUUACUGGUGUUUACCGAAAUGGGGGAUAUAGUUUCACUUUAUCAAAAUCAAAAUCUGAAACCCUAAACAAGUUCAUUAAUCUUCGAAUGAACAGCUGGAUCACAAGAAGCACUAGAGUUAUUUUUAUUGAUUUUUCAUUAUACAAUGCUAAUGUAAAUCUGUUUUGCAUCAUCAGAUUGGUGGCAGAAUUCCCUGCAACUGGAGGAAUACUUACUUCAUGGCAGUUUUACUCUGUGAAGCUCCUUAGAUAUGUUAGCUACUAUGAUUAUUUUAUUGCUUCCUGUGAAAUCACAUUUUGUAUUUUUCUUAUUGUCUUCACAACACAAGAAGUCCAAAAAAUAAAAGAAUUUAAAUCUGCCUAUUUCAAAAGUAGUUGGAACUGGCUAGAAUUACUACUUUUAGUGUUGUGUUUUGUGGCCGUUUUCUUCAACUCAUACUGUAAUAUACAAAUUUUUCUCUUGCUUGGACAACUGUUAAAAAGUACUGAAAAAUAUUCAGACUUCUAUUUUCUUGCAUACUGGCACAUUUAUUACAACAAUAUAAUUGCCAUAACCAUCUUCUUUGCCUGGAUAAAGAUAUUCAAAUUCAUAAGCUUUAAUAAGACAAUGUCUCAGCUGUCAUCAACCUUGUCCCGCUGUAUCAAAGACAUAGUAGGAUUUGCCAUCAUGUUUUUUAUAAUAUUCUUUGCUUACGCUCAGUUAGGAUUUCUUGUUUUUGGAUCACAAGUUGACGACUUUUCCACUUUUCAAAAUUCCAUAUUCACACAAUUUCGUAUUGUUCUUGGAGAUUUUAAUUUUGCUGGUAUUCAGCAAGCCAGUCAUAUCUUGGGACCCAUUUACUUCAUCACUUUCAUCUUUUUCGUGUUCUUUGUCCUGCUGAACAUGUUCUUGGCAAUAAUUAAUGAUACCUAUUCUGAGGUGAAAGCUGACUAUUCAAUAGGCAGAAGGCCAGAUUUUGAACUUGGUAAAAUGAUUAAAAAGAGUUACCACAAUGCUCUCGAAAAACUCAAACUAAAGAAACCUGAAACAGAUGAAGACAAGAAAAGUAGGAAAAGCAGAGAUUUGGCUGAACAAGCUAGAAGAGAAGGCUUUGAUGAAAAAGAGAUUCAAAGUGCAGAGCAGAUGAAAAAAUGGAAAGAGAGGCUUGAGAAAAAGUAUUAUUCUACAGAAAUUCAAGAUGACUACCAGCCUGUCAAUCAACAAGAAUUUCGAGACCUCUUUUUAUAUGCUGUGGAGCUGGAGAAAGAAUUACACUACGUCAGUUUAAAACUAAACCGAGUGAUGAGAAAGGUUUCAGCUCUACAAUAUUGAGGCAAGUGGAGGUGAGAAUCUGUGAUACAAUCAUGGAACAUUUCUAACGAUUUAUUCCUGUACUGAAUUAUUUCCAAAAUUUGUCCCCAUUUUGGGUACAUUUUAAAAGCACAAAACUAGCUACCAUCAAACUAUCGUCAGGGUCAAUGAUAAUCAUCAAAUGAUUUCUAGGAAUGGGACCCAAUAUAUAAUCCAUGUGUAUUACAACAUGUCUCCACAGUAUACACAUACAGGU